AUGGUGAAAAACACCCAAUUUACAGGACAACGGCUCGAAGCUAACGCUUUAAAAUAUGAUCAUGCGGCCAGCGCUAAGUGUUUGUUGAAUCCCCACAAAGCUCAGUAUGGUGGAGGAAUUAUCAAAAACCCUGAGUUGAAUAAGGGGUUGAAAGGAUGGUCUACAUUUGGGAAUGCAAAAAUAGAACAAAGAGUGUCGAGAGGCAACCAAUUCAUUGUGGCUCAUACCAGAACCCAUCCACAUGAUAGUAUCUCACAGAAGCUUUUUUUGGAAAAGGACAAGCUCUACACACUCUCUGCUUGGUUACAAGUGAGCAAUGGAAAUGUGGAUGUAACAGCCGUUUUCAAAACAAAUACUGGCUUCAAACAUGCUGGUGCUGUUACUGCCAAGACAAACUGCUGGUCCAUGCUUAAAACUGGCUUUACUGUGAAUGCAUCAAGCCCAGCUGAGCUCUAUUUUGAGAGCGAGAAUGCAUCAGUUGAUAUAUGGGUCGAUAGCAUCUCAUUGCAACCAUUCACCAAAGAGCAGUGGAAGUCCCAUCAAGUUGAAAGCAUUGAGAAGACGCGUAAGAGAAAGGUGAGAAUCCAUGCAGUUGAUGAACAAGGCAAUCCCAUGUCCAAUGCCACAGUCUCAUUUGAACAGAAGAAACUGAGCUUCCCAUUCGGCACUGCAAUAAACAAGAACAUCCUCACCAACACAGAUUACCAAAAUUGGUUCACCUCAAGGCCGUUCACAGUCACAGUAUUUGAGAAUGAAAUGAAGUGGUAUGCCAACGAACCAUCCCAGGGCGAAGAGAAGUACGACGACGCCGACGCCUUGCUUCAGUUUGCACAACAACUCGGCAUUGAUGUCCGCGGCCACACCGUCUUGUGGGAAGAUCCCCAGAUGAUACAGGGUUGGGUUUCUUCGCUCUCGUCCAGCGAACUUUCUGUAGCAGUAAACAAGAGGAUUAAAUCUGUCAUGUCAAAGUACAAAGGGCAGGUAAUUGCAUGGGAUGUUGUGAAUGAAAACAUGCACCACAGCUUCUUUGAAGACAAGCUUGGGAGCAGUGCGUCAGCAAGCUUUUACAAACGUGCUCAAACUAUUGAUGGAACAACCCCUUUGUUUCUGAAUGAGUACAACACCAUAGAGGACAGCCGAGAUGGGUCAUCAAAGCCAAAUAAGUACCUGCAGAAGCUGGAAGAAAUUCAGGGGUUUCAUGGAAACAACAAUUUGGAAAUGGGGAUCGGGCUCCAGGGCCAUUUCAGCUAUCCUCCAGACCUUUCUUACAUUAGAGCUUCCCUUGAUACUCUUGCUUCCAAAGGGUUGUCCAUUUGGAUUACAGAACUGGAUGUUAAAAAUAGCACACAAGCACAGUACUUGGAGCAAGUUCUAUGGGAAUUACACGCCCACCCGAGUGUCAAUGGAAUCAUGUUGUGGACAGCAUGGUCGCCAGGGGGAUGUUACAGAAUGUGCUUGACAGACAACAAUUUCAACAACUUGGCAACCGGCGAUGUUGUGGACAAGCUGAUGCAGAAGUGGGGUUCCAAGGCCAUGGUAGGCACAACAGACGCAGAUGGAGUCUUUGAGGCCUCCUUAUUCCAUGGAGACUACCAAGUGAAAAUCAGUCACCCUAAGGUUGCAAGUUCCAACUUGGGUCAAAGCUUUGUGGUGUCGUCGGCCUCAAAAGAUACAUCGGAGCAACCAACAUUGGUUGUCCAAGUUUCAGCGUGA